AUGGCUCGAGGUUUGCCCAACAGCUGUAGUGAGGUACAGAAGCUGGAGAGAGCGCGGUACGACGGGGAGUUCUACCUACACGUGCACGGCAAGAUCCUCAAGGUUUACUGUCGGGACAUGGAGACCACCCGGCCGACUGAGUACAUCACCCUGGCCAGCGGGGACGGGCGCAACUACGCUGAGAUCUACCAGAAAAGCCUGUUCAACCCUAACCAGUGCCCACACAACGGGAGCCGGAACAGCUCCUGCCUGUGCCACGACAAAGGCCACCCAGACGCCGGAUACACCGUGUACGAGAAGGUCCGCAUCAACCUAGACACCAUGCAGAUCAGCGUAAGCGACAUGCAGUUCUCGCGAACAGUCCAGGGGAAAGCGGUGCCGUUCGGGAACGCCGGAGACUGCUACAGCACGGCGAGAUGCCCACAGGGAGCGUUCAACAUCGACCUGUCUGGAACAGGACUUGGUGUCUCCCCCGACACACAGUGGCACACGCAGGGCAGGUUCAUCACAGCUGACAUCAACAGGUCACAGGGCAUUUUCAUGACAGCUGACAUCCACAGGUCACAGGACGGGUCGGUAGUGCAGGGCAGAUGUGGCGGCUACUGUGGCACCUGCUUCCCCAACCCAGUCUCCGGCCUCAGAGUGCGCUUCCUCAGAUGACACAGGCAAAAGAGCCAGCCUUUAGGCAGUGGUGCCAGGAACACACGAACCACUCCUGCAGUACCUGUAGCCAUGCCAGGUGGCAGGUCAGCAACGGUGCACACCACAGCAGAAAUAUGGAGCAUAGAGGCUUUUCGUUAAAGUAAAUAUUAUGAUUGGAACCCCGGCGAACAUGUUGGUCGGUAAUUAGAUACCACACAUACACUGUAGUCCAACAUGUAAAAAUAACGUCAACUGAGAAGCCUGAUCUUUAAGAUCUUUAAACGUUUUUUUCCUAAAGUGAACAAACUAUUCAAUAAGAAAACUUAAUGUCACUCAAGAUCAAUAGGUAGCAAGACUUAAUUAAUAUCCUCGAUGACAUGUUGCCAAUGGGAUGUAUUCCCAUGGUAACCGGUUGCCUGGACACAAUGUAGUCAAGGUGAUGUGUUGCCAUGGUUUUGGCUAGGCAACAUGAUGCUCUGGUGACCUGGACUGUAUAUUGACUGGAAAAGGUGCUACCCUGAUGACUUGGACCAGGUUCUGUCUCUACAUGAGUUUUUAUACUUGUAGCUUCCCGAUCAAACCAACAUCUGCAUGCACAGGGUUGCCUGCUGCAGUAUUUAUUAUGUUAAACAGCAGGCAGUAAGAAUGGUGCUAAAUCGUCUGUCUUCCCAUCUCAGUUCCUGUGUGUGCUGUCACAUACCAUCAGCCAGGUUUCUGUCAUAGUAAGUUGCUACGGUUACUACGGAGUUAAGCAAACCGAACCAUCAGAUGUGAGGGUGUGGAAUGGUUUGAAGGAUUUCUGAAACUCCAACUUGUUUGUCUCAAGUGCAAUUGUGCCACCUGUCUUGAAAAUGGAAAAAUUCUUUUAGUGGAUUCAGGUAUUAAGAUCCAGAAAAGCUUCAUGUCAGAACAGAGAAAGUUGGAAGUUGAUAUCCUUCUUCUGACCUCUAUCACACCCUCCUGUAUCUCACUUUAGUCUAAGUAUGCCAAAGGGUCAAGUGUGACAAUCAUUAUUUUCUGUUGUUAAGAGUGGUAACUUUCAGUAACUCUGGUACAAAAAAGGACAACAGUACAUGCCUAUUCCAUGUGUACCAGAACAAACUCUAUAACAACAUGCCUAUUCUAUAUGUACCAGAACAAACUCUAUUCUACAUUUAUUAGAACAAACUCUGAGUCUCUAGCUACAUGUGUGUUCUGGUGUUGUAUGUACCAGAACAAAGUCCAUAGCAACGUCUGUUCUACAUGUAUCAGCACAAACUCCAUAGCAACAUGACUGUUCUACAUUUAUCAGAACAAACUCCAUAGCAACCUGGGUACAUGUACGUGUAGAGAAUGUACCAGGCCUGCCCAUAUUGGUCCACUAGUGUACUGUACAGGGAGCAGUGAGUUACUGCGUUGAACCCGGAUGAGGUUUUCGACAGUUUGAGACUCCUGCUCCGUUGUAAAUACCAUUCCAUGCCAGAGGCUACUUUAUUUUCCUAUAUAUGUAUAUUGAAACUGCAUUAUUUAUACAUGGGGAACAUGUAUAUUACAUGGUGUAUCACAUGACCAUAGUGUCAGGGAUGUAUAUAGGGCUGUGGGGUGGGAGGGGGGCGGAGUUUUCUAUGGUCGUGUUCUGUAAUAUGUGUAUGUAGCUGGUGGAGUAUAUGAUGACGACAUUUGGCAUAUUGAGCUCUCUGAUUCUUAGUGUAGCGGUAGAUGUAGUGAAAACAAGACUUAAAGGCAAUCGGGUAGUAUAAUUAUAUCCAAUACAUCAAGGUGUACGAUAAAUUUGCAAAUUUUUCUUUCUGUUACUUAAGAAUGCAGUUGUCCCUGGAAUUUCUUCAUUGUACAUACGUAAUAAUAUGAUUUAUUAUUAUAUGGCACUUUUGUAACAGGUAUAGACUGGUUGUUAUUUUGACUUGGGAACUAUGUUGUCCUUAAGUUUAAAAUGUUGUAGACAUUUUUACCUUUAUGUUAUUGUUAGUAAGGAAUUAGUAACAAGCACAGAAUUUAUGUGUUGAAGUCACUUUUUUUAAAUCUGGCUGCCCAUUUUGUAAAUUGUUAAGUUGCCAUUGAACUUGUACUUACUUUUGUAAGUUUUAUAGAUCGCUGAUGAUAUUGUGUAGAAAUCAGUAAUAUUCUUUUAAAUAAGUAUUAACAGCUCACCAAGCUACGUGUUAGUUCAUAAAUGUUUAGGUCAGUUAUCUUCAACUAUGCCCUUGGUAUUUACAAGUAUGUAACCUUAUCCAAGGCAGCUUUUCGUUACAGAAGUAACAACUUGAAAAUGUAACAACUUGAAAAUGUAGCAACAUGCAAAGUGGAACAUUGGAAUUCCUCAGGAACAACAACAACAACAUGGUGCUUUCUAUAUAUAUAUAUAUAAUUAAACAUGUAUCUGGUCUCGGAACUUGCAAGUGAUUAUUUAUAUAUCUGCAAUAUUUUAGGUGCUGUACGUUAUGACUAUAAUUAUGAUGAUUAUGGUUAUUGAUAACUUCCAUAUUGAGAUCUGCUGAAGCUAUGGACAGAUGCAAUGUAUGCAGUCCAGUUGUUAUGUUUGUUUUUUUAGUAUCUUCGAAUUGUGUUAAGUUCCUGAUGAUGAUUUGUAAUAUUUAUAUGAGAUUCAGUUUUUUGUAACAUUUUGAAUAAAGUAAGAAAGUGAAACAUG